UCCACGGGCCGGGGACCCCUGCCUGCCCUCCGCCUCGCCCGCAGAGCCGUGGAACUAGCGCGUGUCCCCUCGCUGGCCUCCGCGUCUCCCGCCUGUCCCUUACUUGUGGCGGUACCCGGCUCCGCUCGUGGCCUCUCAGUCGAGCUCUGUCCCACGCGACUCAGCUGACUGGCUGAGGUGUCUGCUUCUCCUCCCUCCAAGGCCUGAGACUGUGGUUCAGAAAGAGCUUGGGCGCCCAUGGCCUCGAUGGGGAUGGUGUUACUGCCUGCUUUACCCCCACUACCCUCUGAGAGUCCCCUGUCUUUUAGGGAAGCCGGUCAGUCAUUUAAAUCCGAAGGGAGCUCGGCCCUUGAGGAUCCAACAGUCCUGGGCCAACUCCAGCCUCAGCUGUCAGAAGCAGCAGCUCUGGGGGCCAGAAAAAUUUGGGCAGAUGGCCCUCUUCCCCCAUGUAAAACAAGGAGACUUGUUCCUUGAUUCCUUUUAUCCCUUACAUCCAGGGAACCAGCAGUUAACUUCAGCUCUAACAGCUGCGGCCUCGAGAUUACUGACCUUCCAUGAUGUUUGGUGGUUAUGAAACUAUAGAAGCAUAUGAAGAUGACCUUUAUCGUGAAGAGUCAUCUAGUGAACUAAGUGUCGAUAGUGAGGUGGAAUUUCAGCUCUACAGUCAAGUUCAUUAUGCCCAAGAUCUUGAUAAUGUCAUCAGGGAGGAGGAACAUGAAGAGAAUAACUCUGGGAAUUCUGAAUCAUUUGGUAGUAAACCAAAUCAGAAGAACUUAAUUAUCCUUUCAGAUAGUGAGGUCAUCCAGCUAUCAGAUGGGUCAGAGGUCAUCACUCUGUCUGAUGAAGAUAGUAUUUAUAAAUGUAAAAGAAAGAAUUUUAGAGACCAGGCAAAAGAAAAGACCCAAGGUCCUCCUGCUUCUCUUCAUUCUAAUGAGCUGGCAGAUCAGAAAUGCAAGAGGGAUGUUGAGAAGCCUCAACCUGGAGAGAGAUCGGGUGCAGUCCAAGAAGUCAUGAUUAUAGAGGUCAGUUCAAGUGAAGAGGAAGAGAGCACCAUUUCAGAAAGUGAUAACGUGGAAAGUUGGAUGCUGCUGGGAUGCGAAGUUGAUGAUAAAGAUGAUGAUAUCCUUCUCAAUCUUGUGGGAUGUGAAAAGUCUCUUAAUGAAGUGGGAUAUGGAGUUCCUAAGCCAAGGAUCAGAUCUGAACCUCAAUUGCGGGACCUGUGCCUCAACUGUGGUGUGUCUUCUCACAGUGACUUAGGGAGACAAACUGGAGAAGAUAGUGUAAACUGGUUCAUCAGUGACAAAGACAUUGAGGCACAGAUAGGUAAUAAAAGAUCAUCUGGAAGAUGGACCUACCGAUACUAUUCAGCCAACAAAAAUGUUACCUGCAGAAAUUGCAACAAAUGUGGCCAUUUGUCAAAAAACUGUCCUUUUCCACAAAAAGUCCGUCCCUGCUGCCUCUGCUCCGAGAGAGGACAUCUCCAGUAUGCCUGUCCAGCCCGCUUUUGCUUAGACUGCUCUUUGCCCAUGUCUUCUGCGCACAGAUGUCUCGAAAGACCUUCUUGGAGAAAACGUUGUGACCGAUGUGAUAUGAUAGGCCACUAUGCUGAUGCUUGCCCAGAAAUCUGGAGGCAGUAUCACCUAACGACCAAACCUGGACCACCCAAAAAGCCAAAGACCCCUUCUGGACAAUCAACCUUAGUGUAUUGCUACAACUGUGGGCAAGAAGGCCAUUAUGGACACGAAUGUACAGAAAGACGAAUGUUUAACCAGACCUUUCCAACGUCUCCAUUCAUCUACUACUAUGAUGACAAAUAUGAAAUCCGGGAGAGAGAUCAGAGAAUAAAACGAAAAGUGAAAGAACUCCAGAAAAAUGGGGACUUUCCAAGACAGUUCAAGAGGCCUCAUAUGGAAGCAGCAGAUAAGAGGUCCCACCGUGGUAUGAGGAAGAGCUAUGCCUCAUGGAGAAGCAACAGGUGGCCUCAAGAAAAGAAAGAAACCCAAAAGGAAACCAUGGGCAGGAGCAGCCGAGAGCGUGAGAAGCACAAGAAGGCUGACAGGCGUCAUGAAGUGGAUGAGGACUUCCCCAGAGGCCCCAGAGUCCACUCUUCUUCUGGCAAAACCCAGAAACCUCACAAGCCCUUUCACCACACAUCUCAUUACCACAAGCCAAGAGAAGACAAGCUGCCCAAAGAGGGCAAGCGGGGCAAGCACAAGAAAAAGGAGAGCUGCUUGGAGGAUGAUAGCUAUGAUAAUUUAUUUUUCAUUAAGCAGAGGAAAAAAAAGUCUAAGCUGUGAUUCAGCUUCUGAUUUGGCUUCCCAGUGUUUGUCUGGUUUUCAUGUCUACAACAUCCUGGCAAUAUUUUUUAUUAUCUGUGAUUAAAUAAAAUGAGUUUUUUGGGUUUUUUUUUUAAUCUCAGCUAUAUUUAGAGCUGCUGAGCAAAAGUCUUAGGAGAUCUCAGUUGUGUGUGUCCAACAGGUUAUUAGGUAAGAAAACAAAAAGAUAAACUGCCUUCCCCUUUUCCAGGAUGUUAUUUUUAUACAGUACCCUAAGGAUAGGAAGAAUUCAUCUUUUCGUGAACUUUUUUUAAUGCUUUGAAAAAAAUAAAAGUUCAUCAAAUGUGAUUCAUCUGCAGUGUAUGAAAAUUAAAUCCUUGCAGGAAGAGAAAUUAAUGCUAAUAUGAAAAAUUCAGCAUUUUUUUUUAACAUCAAAAAGGAUAACUGUAAAUCUAAAUCUGGCUUUCCUUGCUUCUGAAGCUGGUGUAAGGUUCUUCCUUUGGUCAGAGCAUCACAGGCCACAAAUGAAGCUAUCAACAUUAAAGCACUAAAGAGGCAGGGAGUUGAGUUUUACAGCAAAAUAUCAGUAAGGAAGCCAUCCAGAGUGUAUGUCAAGAGACAGAUUUCCUGAAACAAGUGAAAAAGAGUCAUCAAAAAUUUUAACAUAAUCACAAGGAAAUGGUUUUAACCAUUUUUUUACAACCACGCUUGAAGACUCUCCCUCAGAUAUUUAAGAUGAAUAUUUCCCCAAUUAAAAAAUUGUUUUGUUCUCCUGAGUUUUUUAACCACCACAGAGUUAUACAGAAAUUUUUGUACUUGUGAACCUUUUGUACUUAUCAAAGCUUAAUGUUAGACUAAGAAAAUAAAGUGUCUGAAAUAGAGUAAAUAAAUGUGUCCGUUAUGUAAAAAGACAAUGAGAGUUUGAGUGACAAAGGGUGUACUUGGGUUGGCAAAGUAACUAAAGUUAUAAAAUCUCUAUAAACUGGGGUCAAAUCUCUUAUUGCCCAAGCACCAGCUCUAUGCCAAAUAAAAUGAGAUGGAGAAACAAGAUGUUUCUCCAUGUUCUUCGGUAAUGUUGGAAUCUUAAAUUUGUGUUUUACUCUUUGUGAAAUAAACAAUCCACUGUGUA